CCCAAGUCAAGUCUUAUAAUUCUUAACUAUCUUCUUAAAUCUUCUUAUUAUAGCUCGAACCCAGAAAAACUCUUCUCUCGAUCCUUCUGAAUUUGCGGAUCCAGCAUUCUAUAUCCAUAUGGCUUCCUCAGAAAGCACAAAACAAGAGGGAGUAGUUGGUGGUAUUGGGGAGAAACUCAUUCCACUUCAUGAAAAUGUUCUGCAGAAGCAUGCUGCAUUCUUUGACAAGAAUCACGAUGGUGUUAUUUACCCAUGGGAGACAUUUCAAGGCUUACGUGAAAUUGGAAAUGGGAUCUUGUCGUCCGUUGGACUUUCUCUAUUCAUCAAUUUGGCUCUUAGUCAAACCACUCGACCAGGAAAGUUUCCAUCUCUACUUUUCCCAAUAGAAAUUAAGAAUAUCCAACUCGGCAAACACGGCAGUGACACUGGAGCCUAUGAUACUGAAGGAAGGUUUGUUCCUUCAAAAUUUGAAGGAAUUUUCACAAAACAUUCACAUACUCAUCCAAAUGCUUUAACAUAUGAUGAGCUAAAGGAGAUGCUAAAAGCAAAUAGAGAGCCCAAAGAUUUCAAAGGAAGGAUUGGUGGCUUGGUUGAAUGGAAAGUCCUUUACAAACUUGCCAAAGACAAGAAUGGCUUACUACAGAAGGAAACAAUCCGAAGUGUUUAUGAUGGAAGCUUGUUUGAAAUGUUGAAAAAGGAAAAUUCUGCACGCAAAAAGAAUUAAUUCAAUCUUUAGUUAGUGAUCUAUUUUUUCUUUAAUAUAUAUAGACACAAUAAUGUGUAAAAGGAAGAAGCUUACUUGUUCAAGGGUGGCGAAGUUGAUUUUUAAGAAUAUAUAGAUGGCCAUAAUACAUUAGAAUUUCCCAAUUUAGCUUGUAUUUGGGUUUAUUUGUUUAAGUUAAAUAAUGUAUCUAAGUUAUUAAUUUAUCGUAUUUGGAAUUUGUAAUGAUCGAUAAAAGCAAAGUUACGUUGUUUGUCUUUGGGUUUA